AGUGAAGCUUCCACCUCCUCUCCAGACACAGGCUGACCAACUCCGGCUCCACCAUGAAGCUGACCAUUGUUCUCAGUCUGGUUGCCCUGGUCCUCUGCUGCAACUGGGCCUCUGCCCACGUUUGCCCUACUUUCCCAGAAGUGGCCAGCAUCCUCUUAAAGGGCACGCCCCAGCAAUAUCUCGAAGCCAUUCGGUGUUUCCAACCCGAUGAGGCCAUGGAGGCAGCUGGGAAGCUGCUGAAGGCAAAGGUGGACACCCUCUCGGACGCGACCAAAAUGGACAUCGGGAGGCUGAUGGUAAAUACGGGCCUUUGGGUUCUUUUACCGUCUCCUUCCACAGCGUCUCAACGGGUGGGAGCUGCUGCGGCCUCCUUUAGGUAAAAAUAUUGACCAGAAACUAAUGUCCAUCAAGCGGGCUUAUUUGGUUUCCCAGAUAUCACCAAACGCCGAAUCGCUGAACUCCAGUUCCCGGUGGUUUUGCCUCCAGUGCUCUCCCCAGCCCCGAUCUCUGUCCGUGUCCCCUCAGCUCUACUGCCCCAAAUAAACUGAAAGCAUUUGA